AUGAAUCCAUCCACACCAGUAUCUCCAUCGCCGGCCCAAAAGCCAGCAGCUCCAGCAGCUCCACCGCCACCAAAGCCACUGCUUACACUUAAACUGACACCGCAAGAAGAAGCAAAAUAUAUGGUGGAUUUGAAGUUCAAGCUGAUGCAAAUGAAGAAAGUAUUGAUGGGAGUGAAAACUGAACUUGAUGGUAGAACGCAGCUCCAUUUAGCGGCACAAGACGACGUAACUGAAUUAGAAAAACGCGCUAAAACAGCCAAAGAAAACUUUAAGAAGCUAUCUGAUGAGAUUAAAAAACAGAGAAAAGCAAAAGGAAAAGACAAGGAGAAGAGCAAAGAUAACAAUCACGAAGACGAUGAAAAGGAGUCUACUGAUGAGAAAAAAGAGUAG